UAGAAAGUGAAAGUGAAAGCGAAAGUCUUGUUGGCAAACAAACCUUCAAAUGUUCGCGGAGCUCGUGUUUAUGUUAAUAUAACACAAUCGAUCAAUUCACCGGGAGAACUUCAGACAGGAUGGACACACGCGCAGAGGAUCCCGUUCACGGCGGUAAAAAGAAUAAGAAAAGACAUAUCCAAAGAAUAAGGAGUCCCUUACGGUACACCCGCCCCUAUCGGCCAAGGUUUGAAGGAAAAAACCUGCGUUCACGUUUCAGGUUUUUCAGGACUAUGGAGGAACAGCGUUUUAUACGGCGCCCAAAUUUUGCACUGAGGUACCAGAGGUAUCAUACAUAUCAGUGGUCUAGCCUACAGCUAAGGCGUAAGCCCAGAGCCUCUCCUCCUUCCAGCCAGCAGUUCAACAAAGGCCUGAACAAGAAUCGCUCCACAGCACAUAUUGAACCUCGCAGAACAGAUAUUUCUCGGCCAUCCUCUGGAAACAGAUCAUCACUGUCAUCCACAGUGUCACAGAAAACCAGCAACAGAGAUGCUCUCUCGUCUGUGACAUGUGCUGUGGCACGAAACAGAGCAAUACAGAAGAAACAAGAGCAGAUAGAGGAGGUAUAUCGGCAGGACUGUGAUACAUUUGGCAUGGUUGUGAAGAUGUUGGUGGCCAAGGAUCCAUCCUUGGAGAAGCCAAUUCAGCUGUCUCUGCGUGAAAACCUGAGGGACAUUGGCAUGCGUUGCAUCAAGGCCAUGGAGCAGUUCAUCCAUGAGUAUGAUUCCAGAGAGCUAGACACUCCAUCCACCUCCCAACUGCAUUCCAUCAAGUGAAGACUGCAAACACUUGGCUAAAUCCAGCAGCUUAUUUGCUACUCAUACACGCUAUCCAUUUCAACUUUAAAAUUUGCCCCACUUUAUCACACCUUUAGCUAUAUUAGUGUUUCUUUAAACAAUUUUCAUAUAAGUAGUCAAUAAAAAAUUACUUUUAUUACACAUUUGUAUUCCUUUUGGCAAACAGAGGAUGUUCCACUUAUCUGUAAUCCCACAAAACCAGUGAGGAAAGAUUUUGUCAUAUAACAUAUUUGUCAUUAACAAAAUUCAUGAAAAUGUAACGUUUUCUGCCUUAUAUUGGUUGCAAACAGUACCUACAACAUUUGUUCCUUGUUGAGCAACAAGCUUUAAAUAUUGGUGGUCAUCAGAGUAAAAAAUAAAGAAUUUGUUGUAUAUAAACUUAAAACACACAUCAUGUGAAUUGUUAGUUGCAAUUGUGAUAAAAUAAAGUGUUACCAUAGUA